AUGGUUUAUUUCCAUCAGACAGCCAAAGACUUGGCCUUUUUCGAUAUACGUCUCAAAACUCAUGGCCACAAAAACAAUAUAGUUGUUCGAGGAAACGAUGCCGAAGUGGCUAGUAUUCCUGUGGAGGGACACGUGAAGAUUCUGACACAGGAGGACUUGCACGUUAAACGUAUCCGUCUUCAGCUCGUUGGUGAGCUCCAUCUCGACUACUAUGAGAGGUCAGGAAGUGGAAACAUGGCUGGUUUAGUAUGCGAGCGAGACUGCGCAGUGAAGGUGGUUUGGCCGAACUUGCUCACCUCAGCAGAGGGAAACAUUGUUUAUGGUGACUACGGAGACUCUGUGGUGAAACUUCUGAAGGUGGAUGCAUACUCCCGUAAACCUCUGAGGGACAAUUCAUCGCUGGAUCUUUUGUCGAUAGGUUCCAACCACUCUUCUGGCGAUUCUGGUACAAAGAAAAGACCAGGCUUUUCGCGAGCUCUGUCGCAACCUAUUUUGUUCAAAAACCAUGAGGAGUCCCUCUUUCAAAUCCCUCGCUCCGGUAUUGAUGGCACUCCGUAUCCUUUACUGAAAGGCAGCGAGAGCCACAGUUUUUUGCUUCCUCAGGGUAACUAUAGUAUGCCAUUCCAUAUAAAUCUCCCUUCAAAUGUGCCCGAAUCAGUGGAGGGUUUAUCUACGGGAAAAGUGUUGUAUAAGCUCGUUUGUACAAUGGAAAGGGGUCGUUUUGACCGUGCCUUUUACAGAGCAAGACAUUUUCGCAUCCUUAGAACGUUACAUCCACAGAGCAUGAGUUUGACGGAUUCAAUUGAAUUUUUGAACACCUGGCCCGGAAAGUUAGACUUUAACGUGUCCACACCACGGAAGGCCUUGGCCAUGGGUACUACAGUUCCUAUUAAGUUGGUUAUUGUCCCUUUGGUUAAAGGGCUUUCUUUCAAGUCAAUGUCUGUAACAAUUGUUCAGCAUGACCAUGCAAAGGGGCUUACUGGUCCUUCCCCUGAGUUUGAAAAGUUGAUUGGGAGACAAAAGUUGGCAUGUGAAGAAUCGGAGUUCACAGAAGAUCAUUGGAUAGUGAAAGGCAAGUAUAAAGUUCCGUCGUCUUUAACUGAACUUACGCCGUCGUGUGCCUUAAAAAACGAUAUGAUCAGUGUCAAACACCGUCUUCUGGUGGGAAUUCACAUUAAAAAUGCUGAUGGUCAUGUUUCUGAACUCAAGGCAAAUCUUCCGGUGCAUAUCUACAUGAGUCCCUUUCAUGGCUAUGUCACUUCUAGGCGUCUCAAUGUGGAUGCCAUACACGGGAACUUUAUUGCCAAUACAGAUUCAACAAAGGAGGACGUGAUUUUUGAUCGAAGAGACACUGAUCUACCAGAGGAGGGCCAUCCGGACGACGCUUUGGAUGAUGAAAAUGAAAUUGAUGAAGAACAGGAGUCAGCGCCGCCCUUAUAUCAGCAGCAUGUAUUCGAUACGGUUUUCGAUUACACCAGUGCAAAGUCUCCCAUGGAACAGCUUCGAUCCAGCGGGAAUCAGAGUGCUAAUGGUUAUUUCGACAUUCCUCGCGCUCUGUCAAGAUCAGGAACUGCUACACCUAUAGAUUUGAAUGUUUUACUGAAGGUGCCUAGUUACGAGCAGGCUGUUGAUGAUGCUUCAGAUGACGAUGAUGAUGACGAACCAGCCCCGUUGUAUCCUAGCGGAAGCCAGUUAGAUAAUUUGAGCGCAUACGUCACCAGCCGUUUGGGUGAACGUAGUGCUAGCAUGUCGCAAUUGCUCUCACCUGAUCGAUUUCGGCAUAAGCUGGGUAGCCGGUUGCGAUUCGAAAGGAAGGAACUGCCAAGCUAA